GCAUCAAGCACUGAAUUUUAGCCACGUCAGUUCAGUUUUGAUUUCAAUUUGAAACGUUUGCGUUCUAUUACGACACGACCUCCAAAAUGCAUUCGAUUCAAAUUCAUAAAGUUAUCGGUCUGAUAAUUUCUUCAUUUUAUCUGAUUGGUGUUUGGCAUCGCGGAGAUAAACCUACAGUUAAGGAGAUGCGAAUUAAACUAUGUUACUGCAUCUAUUACCUACUCUUCUUACUAUCAAUGGUGGUCGGAGCAGUUACGAACGAAAGAAAAGACGAGGCGAUAUUCUUAGGGGAAGUAUCAAUGGGAGUUGUAGUUCUGUGCGCAAAUCUUUGGCUGUUAAUUUGGAAACAGAACGAAAUCCUUAAUUUGUUGAACCGAAUCUGUGUGUUUUCGAUUCGAAGUGAUGAUGAAUACAACGUUUUUUCCGACAAAGUUCGCAUAUUCAUAAAAUUUGUGUUAGUGUUUGUAAUUGGUACAAUUGUCGCUGGUUUUUUGGCGUCUGUAGGUCUGACAUUUUUUGGAAGUGAAAAAACUUUAUUUUACAAAAUCGCGUUUCCCCUGGAUUAUGAAAGCAGUGAAAUUGCUUUGUGGAUUGCAACAGCUUUUGUUUUUACUGAAAUUGUUUUGACAUUGAUAUCUGCCAUUUUCUUCGUCAUAAUUUGGUAUUUACUGCUGAUUUGUGCUCUCAGAUAUAAGGUGCUAGGAAGUGAGUUGAGGAAUAUGGGACGAGUUGGUAGUGAAAAUAAAAAUGUAAAGAUGACGGAAACGCAAAGUCACAUCCACUUUUAUGAAGAUUUAAAGACAGCCAUCAACGCUCAUUUACAUUUAAGGGAAUUGGUAAUCGGCCUGGAGUUAUUCUUCUCAGAUCUAUUUUUCAUUCAAUUUGGCACGAGUGGUCUGAGUAUUUGCGGAUCGAUUUAUUGUCUGGCAUUUAAUGUCGGUGAUAAUCUAUUGGAACGUUUUGUACAUCUUUUAGCGUUUUUUUACUUCAUUUCUCAAUUAUUUAUGAUUACCUACUUUGGCAAUGAGGUUAUGCUAUCGAGCAAUCGGCUCUCCUACUGCUUAUUCGAAUCGGGCUGGUACCAUCAGCCACAAUCGACCAAAAAGUGUAUUAUCAUUUUUGGCGAAUAUUUAAAGCAGCCACAAACUCUGGUGAUUGGAAAACUGGCCCACUAA